CUUGUGGAACACUAUCAGGACCAAAAUGAGAAAAUCUUGCAUUAUUCAAUUUCUGGUGCUUUUCUUGGCAACUUCAGGAAUCCAAGGGUCAAAGGAGGUAAAACCAAAACCCGGAUUAUAUUCACUACUGGGACUGUUAGAAAUCGCUAAUAAUGUCACUCGACAAUGUGUAGCAGAUGACUUACGGCAGGGAGUGUGUAUGAGUUCUACAACAUGUGAGAGUCAGGGUGGAAAAACUUCUGGGUCCUGUUCUUUCGGGUUGGAAACAUGCUGCGUUUUUGAAGUCACCUGUGGAGGGGAAGUAAACCAGAAUAAUUCCAUUAUCGUCAGUCCGAACUAUCCAAACAACUUCCUUAAUAGUAGACGAUGUGACAUAAGAAUCAAACGACCUAGUCCGGACAUUGUUCAGGUCCGGUUGGACUUCGUGGAGUUUGUUCUGCAACAGCCUACUUUAACUGUCUGUAAUCGUGACCAGUUUGUCGUUCUCGGAUUCCAUAAUGUUCCUAUAAUCUGUGGCAUCAAUACUGGACAACACAUGUAUGUAGAUUUUCCUGGAACAGAUGAAAUCCCACUAGUGUUUAUGACAAGUGUAGCAGAAGGUCGACGUUUAUGGAACAUCCGUGUAACAUACAUUAAGAACAACAGCCCUCUUCGUGCUCCAAGUGGAUGCCUACAGUACCACACAGGGGUCACGGGACGCUCGUCCAGUUUUAACUUCGACAGUCCAGCUAGUGACAUUUCUCGCCACUUAGCCAAUCAGAAUUACGCGGUUUGCGUUCGACAAGAAGCAGGAUACUGUAGUAUUCGAUGGACAGCCCAAACCUUCGAGAUGUCCAGAAACGUGAACGAAGGAAAAGCAAAACAAGGCCCGUUUUGCCAGGGAGACCGUGUUUUAAUUUUAGAAGCAGCACCCGAGGGUGGAACCGCCUCGCAAGACCGAUUUUGUGGAACUCGUCUCAAUACACAAUUAGAUGCAACAGAAAAUGUCCCUUUGAUUAGUUCUGCUGUUCCCUUUCUUCUACAGAUGUUUACAACUGGUGAGGAAAUAGCUGGCACGUUGAAUAGAGGUUUCUCCAUGACGUUCAAUCAACUUCCUUGCAGUUCUUAGAUUUGCCAUUUUGAUUAAAAGAUUAUAAAAAAACGACCUUUAUUUGUUGUAACAAAGUUAAAUUCUUGAACUGUAUAAAAUAUCCCCCAUUAAAAAAAAACCUUACUUGGCAAUUCAGUUAUUGUUACAACAAUUCAGCUGUUAGAUACCGGAGAAAAGGCUUAGGAGUUAUUUUUCAUAACCGUGUACUUUGGUUUGUAUUUAUUGAAUAAAGAAUUACUGUGAAAAA